GUGUAACUGACUAAUUGACUAAUCAAUUAUCUUGUGUUUUCUAAGUGAUAAUUUAGUGGCUGUUCUGCUUUGAACAUAGUUAUGCACCACUUUUUGUUUCUUAAUGUAGGCCGUGCUUCUAACCCGUCUGCAGGUGGACAUGGUGGAGAUUCCACCACUGGUGAAAGCGCUAAAGACGGUGGAAUGCUAGCUGGCAUUAUUAGCUCAGUACUCGUGGCAGUGGUUGGGGCUGUGUCAAGCUUCAUAGCUUACCAGAAGAAAAAGCUCUGCUUCAAAGCAAGUGAUCAAGAGAAUGUUAAUAUGGAAAGCCAGCAGGGAGCACAUGCUGAGCCACCUGUUCAACGCACUCUUUUGCAGAAAUCAUAAUGGAAUUUAAAGGAAAGACCAGCAAAACUGGAUAGAAAAUGUGCAUGUUCCCCUGACCAGUACCACAUAGUGCCAACACCAAAACUUGGAGCUGUAAAGGAGACUUAAAAUAAUUGUGCUGAAAUGUCUUUGAGAGGGAGCAGGAUGCUCUAGCAAAUCAAACUACUUGUGUCAUCUGUGGCAAACUGAAGCAAUGUUGUUGCUGAUGAUUGGCUUUUAAAACAUUUUUGUUGGAAUAGUUGGCUUUUGUCAGAAGUCUCAUCUCUGAUUUUGUUGUAAGAAUGUUGAAGGUGACAUAAUUUUUGUCUUUUGAUUUUUCUGCUUGCAGAACACCCAUCAUCUGACAGGCAAAAGUCAUUGAGGAGAGGUCUAGUGAAUGCAAUCCCAUGUGGAGUUAUUCCAGUCUACUUCAGUGAGAUUAGGCUGGAGUAACCUACAUUGGAUUGCACUCUGUAUGUUGCAAGGAUUCCUUACUGAUGCAUUAUGCGUCUGCAAGCACCAUGCACAGACCCACAUUGCACCCAUGGUAAAGUACUACUCCUCUGUCAAGCCUGACAAACUCAUGUGCUCUCUGUCAUGUCUGGGUCCUCAAGUGUCUUGCUAUACUUAUCUCCAUUGGUAAAAAUAUGCUUGGAAAUGUCAUUUGGGAAUAAAAAAUUAACCUUUUCCUUAUCCUAGUGGCCCUGAGAAACCCCAUUUAUUGGGAAUCAACCCAGUUUUGGAUGGCCACAGCCUAGGUUCUGUUUUUUGAUCACACUAGAAGCUGAUAGAAUGUUGGAAGUGGGCUUCUAAACUGAGGUAUUUGCUCCUCAGGAAGUCAGUAAAACCCUUUCUGCCAUGGAUGUUUGUCUUCCAGUCUAAUACACAGGAAAUGGAGAUACUAAUUACACAUUGCCUUAAUAUUUGUCACUGUGAAAUUUUAAAAAAAUAAUCUUGUCUGGUAUUUGUUACAAUUAGAAUGCAAAGAUAAUAAUUGAGAAUGAAUAUUUCUGCCCUAUAAAGAUGGUUUUCCUUUGCCUUAUCCAACUGUCUAUACUGGCUAAUUAAAAAUAAAUUGGAAGACUUGUACCUCUACACAUCUACUACACCUAAGGCUGUAUCAUGUUGGAAUAUCAAAAUUCCUUCAGUGAAUGUAAUUUUUCAUUGGAAUAUCUUGUGUCUGUGCUGUGGGGUGUGCCUUUGAAUUAUUCAUAAGUGACCUGUGAUAUGCCAACUCUUUUGUAUUUUCCCCAAAAUUUGAUAGUCUCAUGACUUAUUAGUUUUAUUAGCUAUUCGUUCCAAAUAUAUAUAGUUCCAGUAACAGAGCUUUUUGUGCCCAUUUGCAGGUGCCUUAAAUAAUUCAUCAUGUAGUGCUAUCUAAUACAAAUGAUUACUAGCAAACAACUGACCAGAACAGAGUGAGUGAGUGCUCCACAUUAGUUUGUUUGGUAUACUUUGUUUUGUGUAGAGCCAGUUUGGUGUAGAGGUUAAGAGUGUGGACUCUAAUAUGGGAGAACCAGGUUUGAUUCCUCAUACCUUCUGACCUUGGGUCAGUCACAGUUCUCUCACGGCUGUUCUCUUAAGAUCAGUUCCCAAAAGAGCUCUCUCAGGCCCACCUACCUCACAAGGUGUCUUGUUGUGGGAAGAAGAUGGGAAAGGAAAUGUAAGCUGCUCUGAGACUCCAAGUGAAGGGUGGGGUAUAAGUCUCCUCUUCCUUUUUCAGAAUACCUUGAGAUGGUAACUGAGAGUAAUAAUAAAAGUCUGUUUACAUUGGAUGAAAUCUUGCUUAAAAGUAUGCCUGCUUUUAUGGUCUGAAAUGUAGCCUUAGCUAAGCAAUGCAAAUUGGACAAAUUCUAGCACAGACAAUGAUUUAAGAAUUUCUGUAUGUGCAUUGGAGUAAACCAAAAUGGGGUGACAAUUUGCUAUUAAAAGGUAGGAAAUCAAUGUGACAAAUGAAUCAUUUCACCAUAUCCAGUAACUCAUCAGUACAGUAAACCAAAUACCACUUUGCAAUUACACUAUAAACCGGGGUAGUACUUACGUAUCCCUCCAAAUAUAUGUCAUAUAGUGCAGUCCUAUGCAUAGCUAUUCAGACAUUAAUUUCAUAGACUAAGAAUAAUGGUGCAUAGGAUUGUGCUGUUGUGACUUCACUAAUAGCAUUUUAGUUCGAAGCAAAGUUUACAGGCUAGAUGAUUGCAAAGAGUUUUUAUUUAGUGGCAAUGUUUUAUUUUUAAUUGUAAAUUUCAUUUUGUAAACCAAGAGCAAUGCCUUAAGUUUUUUUUUUACUGAAUACUUGAGUGCCCUUGAUUCUGGAGAUGUUGCCAUGACCUUAUUAAGUAAUCCAAAACACAAUCACUCACACUUCAUCAGUUGCAAUAAGAAAUCUGUGCGUAAGUGGCUAUGAAAUCAGUGUGACAUAUUUCCUAUUAGGCAUGCUUAGAAUUUGCUUUGGUCCUAUAUGGAAUAAGCUCUCUUAAGAGAGAGCUAUAGUGGUUAGUCUGUUGGAUUACAACUAGGAAGAAAAAGCUUGAAUGCCUAUUCAGUUAUUAGUGACUGGAUGAUUUUAGGCCAGUCUCUCAUUCUCACAGUACAUAGGGCUGGUGUGAAGAUAUAAUGGGGGAAGGUGAUCAUGAAUGCCAUCCUGCAUUCCUUGGAAGAUGAUCAUAUAUGCACACACUCAGUGUGAUUUACUUUUCCAUAAAUCUGCAUUUGGUUGAGAUAUCAGGCUCUAAGUGAAUCACAAACAUUGUCUACACUCUUCCCACUGGUAUUUCUUGUAUAGUGUUAUGUGCUAAAACAAUUUAUAGAUUAAUAGCUGUUUGGGUUAUUAAACUUUCAAUUGGAGUUAUGAAUCAAUAACCUCUGAGAACUGGUAAUCAAGAAAGAAUUGUGAUUUUCUUUUUUAAAAUAAACCAAUUUAAAAAACA